AUGAGCUACAACAAGGAAAAGGAGAUCCAGGACGAAGCUCCCAUCCAGAAGGUCCGCGUUACCCUCACCUCGACCAAGGUCAAGGAGAUUGAGAAGGUCACUGCUGAUAUCAUCAAGCGUGCCGCUCCCUUCACUGGCGACAAGAGCACUGACAAGGUUGUCCUCAAGGGCCCUAUCAGACUCCCCACCAAGCACCUUAAGAUCACCACCAGAAAGACCCCCAACGGUGAGGGUUCCAAGACUUGGGACACUUACGAGAUGCGCGUCCACAAGCGUGUUAUUGACUUGUACUCUAACAUCUCUACUGUCCACAAGAUCACCAACUUCCACCUUGAGCCUGGUGUGGAUGUGGAGAUCACCAUGGCCCAGUAA